AUGAAAGUCAUGGGAGAGACUCAUGAAGGGAUUUGUGGAGCCCACCAAGGAGGAAGAAACAUGUGCUGGUUAAUCAGGAGAUAUGGUUACUUCUGGCCAACCAUGAUGAAAGAUUGCAUUGACUAUGCCAAAGGGUGUGAGGCUAGUCAAAGGCACGGCCCAAUCCAGCAGGCCCCCUUAGUUCCCAUGAAUCCAGUGGUAAAGCCAUGGCCUUUCAGAGGAUGGGCAAUGGAUCUUAUUGGCAAGAUUUACCCAGCCAGCACCAAGCAACACUGUUUUAUUAUUGUUGCUACAGACUACUUCACCAAAUGGGUGGAAGCCAAACCUGUUAAAACCACUACAUCUCAAGAGAUCAUCACCUUCAUAGAAGAACAGAUUAUACAGAGGUUUUGCAUUCCAGAAUAA